UCUUGUUCUUCACUCCGUUCGCAAGCUUGAUUUCCGUCGGGCAUAGAAUCCGAAGAUCACCGGCCGGAUUCACUCGCACAGGAACUGGCCGUGGUCUCCGGUGGUCCGAAGAUCACGGAGUAUGAAACGUUGCCGUCUUUUUCUCCGGAAAACGGCGGAUUUGGCGGCAAAACCAACGGGGGAGAUUGGGUUUUCGAUCAUGUUUGUCCGAACCGAACUGAAUCGCGUAUUCGUUUUCUGCAUCAAGGUCUCUUCACAGUUAUGUAAUAUUCCGACAGUUUCAUGGUCACCUCCGUUUUUAGUUGGUGAUACCAAGUUCAUCCUCUCAGUUACGUCUCCAUCAAAAAGGCAAAGCACUCGAGUAGUGGCGGAGAGCAUCAAAGCAAACAGAUACAUUAUUACGUUCAUCUAACAAGGGGGAACGGGUAAUAGAGGGGAAAGCCAUGUCGAAAACAGGUUUCCUUGGAAGCUCGAGUUUGGAACUCGUUGAUGAUCCAAGGAAUCUGAACAACAUUUCUUAGGAAUCAAGUCAAAGACACUGAUGGGUCGAGCUGAUAACUCUGAUGGUACACUCCUUUUUGUUACAGCUGAAUUAUCCGGCCAUGCCGACGUUUGUUAUGGAAAAAACUCGGGUUUCUUGUGUUCUUGUGUUUCAAGUGCAAAAGCCAAUAUUUAAAAUAUUUUGUUGCAUUUGUGUUCUUGCGUUUGCGAUUGUUACUCUGUUGCAUAACUGUUUGCUUGCUGGGGAACUCAUCAAGGAUUACAAUCGUCGUACUACAACCAAGAAUGCCAUGCUGAAAAUCGACAUCCGUAAGGCAUUUGAUACGCUUGACUGGAGCUUUGUGCUAAAUCUGCUGAAGGGGCUAAACCUUCCCGACAUAUUUAUCCACUGGAUCACGCAGUGCAUUACCACGCCAAAGUUCUCUAUUUCUAUUAAUGGCAACCUUGAGGGGUAUUUUAAAGGGAGACGAGGGUUACGGCAAGGAGAUCCAAUCUCACCGUAUCUAUUCAUUCUGUCAAUGGAGGUUUUAUCGCGCAUGCUUAACAAAUCAGCCCAGGCUAACGAAUUUGCUCUACAUAGCAAAUGCCGAAGCCCGCUUGUUACUCACCUUGCGUUUGCUGAUGAUGUUAUGAUCUUUUCACAGGGUUCUGAAAGCUCGAUCUCAAAAGUGAUGCUGAUCUUAGAUGCAUUUGGGACCUAUUCGGGGCUGAGGAUAAACAAAGCCAAAUCAGAACUAUUCCUUAGUGGGGUCGAACACUUGGAAGCUGAUCGUAUCUGCUCAGCUAUUGGUCUUCCGAGAGGACAAUUACCAGUCCGUUAUUUGGGUGUCCCACUGUCCCCGAAAAGGCUAACUAGAGAGGAUUACCAACCACUUCUUGAUAAAAUCAAGUCUAAGCUUACAGCAUGGUCUUCUAAAGCUUUAUCCGCUGCAGGCAAGGUACAAAUGAUAGUCUCGGUUAUCUAUGGCCUUGUAAACGCAUGGAGUAUGAUGUUCCUGCUACCAAAAUUUAUUCUGAAGAGCAUUGACAGUUUAUGUUCACGCUUCUUGUGGAAUCAUAAGCCGGAUACAAAUGCUAGCCACAGAAUCUCAUGGAAAAACAUCUGUCGACCCAAGAGGGAGGGCGGGCUGGGCAUACUUAAGAUGGAGGACAUCAACACUACCUUUCGUUUAAGGCUGAUUUGGUUGCUAUUUAGUCAAACCGACUCUCUAUGGGUUGAUUGGAUACAGGAGAAUGCGAUAAGAAAACACGGAUUCUGGGAUACACCGGUGACAACCAAUGUAUCAUACACAUUCAGGAAACUGUUGAAACUCAGGGACUUGGCACGGAAAUUCAUUCGGGUAAAGCUAGGAGAUGGAAGAAAGGCUUCCUUCUGGUUUGAUUCAUGGACUGAUCUGGGACCCCUGAUAACAUUUGUGGGAGAUAUGGGACCACGGUUACUUCAGACCUCACGUCAGGCAUGUGUGCACGAUGCUACAACUAACAGGAGUUGGAGGCUGCCGCCAGCGAGAAGCGAAAGGGUUCUAGAACUACAGAUGAGAAUGUCAACCAUUGACCCGCCUGCUGAGGAUGAAGGAGAAGAUGAAUACCUAUGGCGUCAAAAAUCUGGUGAGUUCGGAACUUGUUUCCGGUCAGCCAGUACCCGUUAUCUACUACGUCCUGUCAACUCACAAGUACCGUGGUAUUCACUGGUCUGGUUUAAGGGAGCUAUCCCGCGUAUGGCAUUCAUCCUUUGGCAGGCAUUCCAGAAUCGAUUACCCACCAAAGAUCGGCUCGUCUCGUGGGGAAUGCAGAUCUCAACUUCCUGUAUUCUCUGCAACCUGGAGCAGGAAUCCCAUGAGCACAUAUUCUUCAAGUGCUCCUUUAGUCAUGAUGUUUGGAACCCCAUCGCUAAUUACUGUCUACCAUCGCCUCCAGAUUAUAUAGAGGGAUGCCUACCUUGGGUCGCUGACCCGUCACAUGCGCGAGAUCGGGGACAGCCUACCCUUGCGAAGCUUUGCAUUCAGCUAGCAGUGUAUGAGCUCUGGAGAGAACGGAAUAACCGAAUCUUUCGGGAUAAAGCACGCACGGCAACGAAUAUCCGCAUGAAAAUCGACCGGACUAUGCGAGACAACCUCCUGGCUUUGAAGAGUGAUCAUCACCAGAGACCAGCCGAUAGUACUCUUCUUGAAGAUUGGUAUUUUCUGACAUUAUACGCUUGAAACUAAAGCAGCAAGUUACCUUGCUGAUUACUGAUUACUUCCACUUGCACAUGGGCAUGGGAAUUUGUUUACCUUAGGGUAUUUUUGUGUAUGGUCUAACCAUGAUUGUAAAUCACGUUUUUUAGAAGUAAUACAAAGCACAUUUAAACCAAAAAAAAGCUUUGUUACAAACCACAGUGGUGGUGAAGACAAGAAUGCAGGUUAACCGAUAACUUCCAAACGCGAAGUCGAGUGUGUUUAGUGGUUUGGUGGCAUUCUAGGCAUUGUUUCAACCAUUAGUUUCGCUGGGAAUGGAAGGAAAAUGGAUCAUUCUCUAUUGUCAGAUAGUCUCUGUUGGUGUGGCAAUAUCAAAUCCUUGUCAGAUUUCAAAUGACACCAGAAUGUAUCAAAAUGCACGAUUUCGCAGAUUACAGAGUCGGGAUCAUGCCAAAUAUUGUAGGGUACUGCUUUAUCUUUCUUCAAGUUUCUUCCAGAACUACUUUGCUAUUUACUCGAUUUGUUUUGUAUUUGUAGAUUUUUCCCAGAGAUGGAUGUUGUAAGGGCUUCCGGGCACAACUUGUUACAAUGAACCUUUCAGUAAAGGUGUGACCGAAUCUGACGUAAUUGCUUGUCUCUCUCUUAGUUCGCUUCUGUGUUCUGUAGGAGCUUAGGGUACAGAAACGAUCCAGUUAAGAAGUCGUCGGAUCUUGAGAUUAUUACCACUGUCAAAACUCGACUUCAGGGAGGCUGUCUUUGAAACAGCAAGGAUAAUUGUUGUGGACAGGGACAACAUGUUGUGUAGAUUCUACCGACAUUUACCACCGGAAUUCUUGUUGAAACGUGGGUUCAGUAUCCAGGGACCAGAUCUAAUUCCGGG